AAAGCUUCUCCGAACUCAAAACUGCCACUUAUGGAGUCUCCGGAGCCACAAGACGGCGAUUCUGUAUUCGCACACAUUCCUCAUGUUCCUGAAGUCCCAAUUUAUGCGAUGAUGGUUGCUUUCAGCAAAGACCCAAGUCCACUCAAGCUGAAUUUAGGCAUUGGUGUUUAUAGAACUGAGGAUGGGCAGCCUUUUCAAUUGAAUGUAGUUAGACGAGUGGAGCGGUUACUAGUUGAUGACAUGUCCACUUCCAAGGAGUAUCUUCCUAUUACUGGAAUUGCAGAGUUUAAUAGAUUGAGUGCUAAGCUCAUUUUGGGUGCCGACAGCCCUGCUAUUAAGGAGAAUAGAGUGACUACUGUCCAGUGCUUGUCUGGUAGUGGAUCGCUGAGGAUUGGAGCUGAGUUUCUAGCAAACCAUUACCACCAUCAUACAGUCUACAUGUCCCAGCCAACAUAUACAGCCCACCCAGUUUUCUUCUCUGCAGCCGGGCUAGCUAUCAAGACUUACCGCUACUAUGACCCAGGAACAUGUGGUCUGGACUUCCAAGGAAUGUUAGAAGAUCUUUUGUCUGCUCCAUCAGGAGCUAUUGUGCUUCUCCAAGCAUGUGCACAUAACCCUACAGGUGUUGAUCCAACUCUUCCACAGUGGGAGCAGAUUAGGCAGUUGAUUAGAGCAAAAGGGUUGUUUCCUUUCUUUGACACUGCUUAUCAGGGUCUUGUCAGCGGAAAUCUGGAUGAGGAUGCCCAAGCUAUUCGCCUGUUUGUUACUGAUGGUGGUGAGUGCCUUGUAGCUCAGUCAUAUUCUAAGAUUAUGGGACUUUAUGGAGAACGUGUUGGUGCCCUCAGCAUUGUUUGCAAGACAGCAGAAGUGGCUAGCCAUGUUGAAAGCCAGCUGAAACUUCUGAUCCGGCCCAUGUAUUCUAGCCCACCCAUUCAUGGGGCAUCCAUAGCGGCCACUAUCUUAAAGGAUAGGGAUAUGUAUGAGGAAUGGAGUAUUGAAGUGAAGGCAAUGACUGACCGCCUUAUUAGCACGCGCCGACAACUAUUUGAUGCUCUUCGUGAUAGAGGUACUCCUGGGGACUGGGGGCACAUUAUCAGGCAUGGUGGAUUGUUUACUUUCUCAGGCUUGAACUCUGAACAAGUCGCCUUCAUGAAUAAAGAGUACCAUAUCUACAUGCCAUCUGAUGGGAGGAUCAACAUGGCAGGUCUAGGUCCGAAGACAGUUCCUUGUCUUGCAGAUGCAAUACAUGCAGCUGUUACCAUGGGUGUAUAAAUAGGUCACAGCAUUGCUGAUAUACACCUCAAAUGGCUCAAUCACAUCCUCUUCUGUAUGGUAUGCAAAAUGCUCCAUUUCAAUCCGUAAAGUAGAACUUUAACUACUUAUGAAAAUUGUAAACCUCUGUAUGUUACCAGACACUAGACCACUAUGAAUUUGGUGGUUCAAUCAGAAAUGCAGCAAGAACUCUCAGGCCUUGAG